AUGAUACAAGAAUGCAGCUGCGAACAAGUGAAAGCGGUUCAAGGCCAGUUUAUUCAGAGCCUUCUAAAAAGCACAGUUCUACUUGCUCAAAAUAUUAACUAUAUACAAACCAAGAAUAAGAGAAGAAGAUUAAAGGAGAACUAUGAGUUACAGAUGCUUCUGGCCACUAGAAGCACAGUAGAAAGCUAUCACCAAGGGUGCUUACCCAAGGGAGAGCUGAUCUUCACUAGAACCACCGAAAGCGUGGUGGGAGCUUUAUGUAUUCCGAUGGACUACAGGUAUUCCUCACUUAACGACCCUCCCUGUUUAGCGACCGCUCGCACUUACGACCAGCUCUCUGACAGUACGUGCAGGAACGUGGCAGUGGCAGUGCGGCAUCUCACAGACUUCAUCUUGCAUACAGAGAAGUAUAAUAUAGUCUUCCCUAUACUUCAAACCAGCGUAGGACACUGCAGCUGUCACACUCCAGCUGUAUACCAAGAGCUGAGCCAUCAUGUAACCGAUGAUCGCUCAUCUCACAGUCUUCUCAAGGUGUUCUCCCUGCAGAGACCUGUGAUUGUCAGUUACCACUUCCUGCAGGAAAUGUAUUUCCCCUUGAUUUUCCUGUUGGUACACUUACAACUUUCUGGUUUUGCCCAUGCACAAGUAUGCACUAAGACUAGAGCAAACACCUGCCAGGAAUGUAUCCAAUCUGGGGAACACUGCGCUUGGUGUAAGAAGCUGAAUUUCACCACUGCGGGUGAGCCAGACUCUGCCCGAUGUGACACCGUAAAGGUACUAGCUGACCGGGGCUGUAGUAAGGCUGAUAUCAUCAAUCCUGAAAGUAUAGCAUCGUCUGAAGGCUCCCAAACUCUAGAUAAUGCAGUACAGCUGUCACCAGGGCGAAUCAAUCUGCAGUUGCGACCAGGCAAAACUGGCGAAUUUGAAGUAAAAUUUAGACGAGCAGAAGGUUAUCCUGUGGACCUAUACUAUCUUAUGGACCUUUCCUAUUCCAUGAAUGAUGACCUUGAAAAUGUAAAAAAGCUAGGAGCUGACUUGCUUAAAGCCUUAAAUAAAAUCACAAAAUCUGCCCAAAUAGGUUUUGGUUCCUUUGUGGAUAAAACCGUGCUGCCAUUUGUGAGCACACAUCCAGAGCAGUUAAAAAACCCUUGCCCAGAUAAAACUACAGCUUGCCAGCCUCCUUUUUCCUUUAAACAUAUCCUAACUCUCACCCCUGAUGGGGAGCUGUUUAGACAGCAGGUUGGAAUGCAGUUCAUUUCUGGAAACCUGGAUCCACCAGAAGGAGGUCUAGAUGCCAUGAUGCAGGUGGCAGUUUGUGGGGAGAAGAUUGGGUGGAGGAAUGUCACAAGGCUACUGGUAUAUGCUACUGAUGAUGGCUUUCAUAUUGCUGGAGAUGGUAAACUGGCAGCUAUACUAACCCCAAAUAAUGGAGAAUGUCACCUGGAUGAAAAUAUAUACAAGAAGAGUAAUGAGUUUGACUACCCUUCGGUCGGACAGUUAGCCCAGAUGCUUUCGAAGAAUAACAUACAGGUUGUGUUUGCAGUCACUUCCAAUAUGGUUAAAACAUAUCAGAAUUUGUCAUCUGAAGUUAUUCUGGAUCACGGAGUCACACCUGACUCCUUGGAUAUACUAUAUGAUUCAUACUGCUCCAAUGGUGUCAACAAUAAAGACGAAUUAAAAGGAAUGUGCAGCAAUGUCAAAAUCAAUGAGGAG